AUGAUUGGACUGAGACAUAACGUGUCCAGGGGGAUGGAUAAACCACGAACAGCGCUGAUUAUAGAUGACGAUGAUGAUGAAUUGUACACGGGGUUUAAUGAUGUAUCGCCAGCUCUGGAUACGAGAGGCAUACAAGAGGAUACUGCUUUACAACAAACGUUGCGGACGGCUGGAAUAGGCAGACAAGCCCCUAGUAGGAUGGGAACUGGGAUGUUCCGUAUGGGCACGGUGAACGUUCGCGGCUCGCGCGCGGGUACAGCCGCGACCCGCCCCGUCACCGCGCACAGAGCUGCCGGCUACACUUCCACCACUAGAGACAGCAGCGCCAAGGAAGAAAAGAGAGAAGACACAAUAGAGGACAAGAUAAAACAAAUGGAAGCAAAAAUUAUGGUCCUAGUAGAGGAAUCUUGCAUGCUUAGUGCUCGAAUAUCCGACGACGACUCUAAUAGUAGUAAAAGGGAACAAGAUCUUACACAGGCUUUAGCUAAGGCCCAGGAAGCAUCCACUCUAGAACGACAAUUAAUAAGGAUGCAAGAACAAGCCAAUUUAGGGGACUCUCAUAAUUUAGAUCUUACUUUCUGUGUUCUUUGCAAUUUAGCGGACCAAUACGCACUCAAUGAAAUGUAUACAGAAGCAUUAAAUACCUAUCAAUUGCUCACAAGGAAUAAAUUAUUCCCCCACGCAAAUAGACUGAAGGUGAAUAUGGGUAAUAUAUAUUUCAAAAUGGGAGAGCAUCCAAAAGCACUCAAGUUAUACAGAAUGGCAUUGGAUCAAACGCCUACCGCAGAAAAAGAUUUAAGAAUGAAAGUGAUGCACAACAUAGGACUACUUCUGGUACGAAUGGGAAAGUUCCGUGACGCUGUCACUAAUUUCCAACAUAUUAUGCACGAGCAGGGCGAUUUUCAGACAGGUCUGCAUUUGGUUCUCUGUUCUGUCGCAUUAGAUGACGCAGAAGGUGGAAAAGCGGCUUUUCAUUCCAUGCUGGACGUUGAACUCCCGAAUUAUCACCAUGAUAUAGCAAUAGAUGAUGAGAGCGACGCAUACGAGUGCGUAGUGCGCGACGUGGUGCGCGGCGACCGGCUGUCGCGGUGGUCGCGCGCGGCGGCCGCGCACGCGGACCGCUGCCUUGCGCUGGCCGCCGCCGCGCUGGCCAGGCCGGCCGCUCGCCACCAGCGGGAUGAUGACUUGGGUGGUGCGUCCUGGUGCGUGGAAGCACUUCGAGGGUACUCCGGAGGCGGGGCUGGCGCGCGAUUAGAACUAGGCAGCGCUCUAGCGUCACUACGUAGUGCUACCGCAGCUGGCGGGGGCGGUAUGGCCACAGGGCUGAAAGCGCUGCAGCGGCUGAAAGCGGUGGCGAGGGCACACCCUAACGACCGCGUUCUGCGUGCAGAAGCAAACGCUGAUGCAGCAUUUGUCGCUUACGCGCUGGGAAAAUGGUCUGAAGCAAAAUCAUUAAGUGAAGCUGCAUGCCGAGAUGAUCCCUACUCAUGUCCAGCGCGAGUCACCUCUGCGCUUUCUGAACUUGCCUCAGCCGGGAACGCAAUCAGCGACGGCAUCGCUAAUAUCCUCAACCAAUUGUCGGCGGCCACGCAUCUUGAUCCCGCUGACCUUGUUGCUAUGCACGAUAUGGCGCUGGCGCUGGAGGUGUCGGGUGAGGAGGGCGGCGCGGAGGCGCGCUGGAGGCGCGUGCGCGGCGCGGGUGGCGCGGGCGCCACGCUUCGCGCAUUGGCCGCCGCCGGCCUGGCGCGCCUCUCGCGGCUGGCGGCCCGGGACGCUGCUGCCGCUAGCGCCGCCGACCACUGGUACAGUAUGAUAGGCAACUGGGACGCGGGUGUGUCGUGUGCGCUCGCGAACUUGCACAGCGAGCUCGGUGAUACGCACACCGCUAAACAUCAUUAUCAAGACGUAGAAGCAGUGUGGCCGUGCGAAUUGACCGCAUUGCAAUGGUUGGCUGGCGAGUCCACACCGGAGGAGGCGUUGCAGUACUACCGGCGGGCUGCACGCUUGCAGCCCAAUAAUCCGCAAUGGGGUCUACUAAUCGGAGGCUGUUUACGCGCCAGCGGUCGCUACCAGGAAGCUCUUGGACUCUACAAGAAACUCAACGCCAGGUUUCCAGAUGAUAUUCAAUGUCUGAAGCACAUAGUAAAACUAUGCGGUGAUCAGGGCUUGUCUGAGACCAGUGUGUGGAAUCGUGAGCUGCAGCGCGCAUUGGCGAAAGCGAAACAACAGGAACGAGUUAACAUCACAUCAGCGAGUAGCUUCUCAUCUGGUACAAGUCAAUCGCCAAUAGAAUCAAUGCGAGCGGCGUCCCGAGGCGAAAGCGCAGCAACAGGAACGCGGCGGCCGAGCGAGAGUCGGCUGCAAACUGGAAAUACUAACACGAGCGGUGUGAACGAGUCGAUGCAGCCAGUAUCACGCUUUGUGAAACGACAAGAUACUAAGAAGAGAAAUGAUAUGUGGGAAGACGAUCUACCUCUUCCCCCAGAAUAACAGGGAAAAGCAAGCAUUACUAUUAUAUGUCUACAUGUUCUUCAUAUUUAAAAUCCACUUUGUAUAUUUUGUAAUUUUUCACGUGAAAUAAACGUUAAUGUAUGUUAA